GGUCAGCUAUAGCUCAAGCCCAGCUGUCACAUCCCAGAAGGGUCAACAGUGAGACAGAAUCACUGUGCUCCAGCACUCCAAUGCACCAUGCUGUACAGGAAUGUAGUCCAACUUUGUCGGUCAGGGAGGGACAUGGUCACAUGUGGUCAGUUGUCUGUUAGAGGAUCAGGUAGAAAGCAGUCUGUGGACAGUUUUAGCAGCAGUGGACAGCGGUCAACCCACACGGACAGCCUCAAGUCCCAGUAUGAUGUAGUAGUGAUUGGUGCAGGCCACAAUGGACUGGUGUCUGCAGCCUAUCUACAGAAGGCGGGGCUUGAUGUGUGUGUGGUGGAACGGAGACACGUCAUAGGAGGCGCUGCAGUUACAGAGGAAAUCAUUCCAGGUUUCAAGUUUUCAAGGGCAUCUUAUGUAUUGAGCUUGUUGCGGCCCAAGAUAGUGGAAGACUUACAGCUUAAGAAGUAUGGUUUGAAAGUGUACCUGCGUGACCCCAGCUCUUACACUCCCCUAGCAACACCUGGUGGUCGUGAUGGCACAGCCAGGUCACUGCUGCUCAGUCGAGAUCAAGAGAAGAACAAACAACAGAUUGCUCAGUUUUCACAUAAAGAUGCACAGGCUUUCACUGAGUAUGAAGAAACCCUGGAUCGUAUUGUGACAGCCAUGGACCCUUUACUAGACAGCCCACCCUUUCCACUCACUGCAUUCAGCUCCGCUUCACUCCGGGAGAAGUGGAACAGCCUACCAUCAAUAAGGACUCUUCUUGGAGCAGUGAAAUCUUUAGGUCCAGAACUAACUGGCUUCUAUGAGUUCAUGACUGCACCAGCUCAGAAGAUAUUGGACCGCUGGUUUGAAUCGGAGCCUCUGAAGGCAACACUGGCCACAGAUUCUGUCAUAGGGGCGAUGUUGACACCAGAGUCUCCAGGCAGUGGUUACGUGCUUCUCCACCAUGUUAUGGGGGAGCUGGAGGGCAUCAAGGGAGCCUGGGGCUACGUCGAGGGAGGGAUGGGAGGUGUGUCUCAGGCCAUAGCCAACUGUGCCACCGACCAUGGUGCCAGCAUCUUCUGUGAUAGACCUGUGAGCAAUGUGCUGACUAGUGGUGAGAGAUGCCAUGGUGUGGUGCUGGUCGAUGGCACUGAAAUCAGGAGCAAGGUGGUGCUGUCUAACGCUACCCCGUCAGUAACAUUCCUUGACCUGGUCAAGCCGGCCACCCUGCCUGACCACCUCACUGAUCAACUCAAACAUCUGGACGUGAGGUCGCCUGUCACAAAGAUCAAUGUUGCAGUGGACAGAUUGCCAGACUUCCUAGCUGACCCCAACACCCGUGACAACAGUGUGAUGCCACAUCACCACUGUACAAUUCACAUCAACUGCGAGGACAGCCGCCUCAUCACUGAUGCCUACCUGCAGUGUCAGGCAGGAGAGUUGCCAGCAAGCCCAGUGAUUGAGAUGGUGAUCCCGUCCAGCCUUGACCCCACCCUGGCCCCGCCUGGGAGUCACGUGGUCCUGCUGUUUACACAGUACACCCCCUACACCCUAGCUGGGGGCCGGCCCUGGGACAACACUACCAGGAACCAGUAUGCUGAUAUAGUGUUUGACAGUAUAGAAAAGUAUACCCCAGGGUUCAAGGAGAGUGUCAUUGGGAGAGACAUACUGACACCACCAGACCUGGAAGACAUCUUUGGCCUGAGUGGUGGGAAUAUUUUUCAUGGGGCAAUGUCAUUGGACCAGCUGUAUCUUAGUCGACCAAUUCCUGCCCUUUCCAACUAUCGGUGCCCAAUCAGAGGCCUGUAUCUCUGUGGUAGCGGAGCACAUCCAGGAGGUGGUGUGAUGGGUUCUCCUGGAAGACUGGCUGCACAGGCUGUACUGGCAGAUUACCCCAAGCUCUGAUAGAAUAGCAGAACCAUUGAAGCAUUGCUUGUAAGAGCAAAACCAUCAAAUCAAGACUGGCUGGUGGUAAUGAAUAUGGGCGUUCUGCGAGAUAUUCUGCUCAAACUGUAGCCACCUUGUUGAUGACUUGUACAUGAGACCCAUUUGAACUUAGUAUUUUGUGUAUAAAUGGUUGACCAUACUAUUUUAUCCAGGUACAACACAAUGAUGAUUGGGAAAAUACACCAGAAUUUUCAUUAAAUGUAUAUUGAAUUAGCUA